CCGGACGAGAAGUUAACCACUUACCGAGAAGACAUAAUAAGCUUUGUUUUUAGAUUAUUAAAAACGAGGUUAGGAGACAGAAAAAUAAUAAUCAUGGCUUUCUCUUCAGAAAGAAGAUUACGUUGUCUUUCUCCUUCCUACGGACAACAUGUGACGAUCCUUAGCAUCGAUGGUGGUGGAGUCCGUGGGAUCAUUCCCGGUAUUGUCUUAGCUUACCUAGAAUCACAACUCCAGGAAUUGGACGGUGAGGAGGCAAGGCUUGUGGAUUACUUUGAUGUCAUCUCCGGGACGAGCACUGGAGGUUUGAUAGUGGCGAUGUUGACCGCACCGGAUAAAACUAACCGCAACCGCCCUUUGUUUGCGGCCAAAGAAAUAGUCCCUUUUUAUCGCAAACAUUGCCCUAAAAUCUUCCCACACCCGCGAGGGGCGUUUGCCUGGGCUCAAAUCCUGGUGAGACUUGUACGAGGACCAAAGUACAACGGGAAAUACUUAAGAGAAGUAAUAGAAGAUUUCUUGGGAGACACGAGACUGACUCAAACUUUGACAAACGUUGUCAUACCUUGCUUUGACAUCAAGAAACUCCAACCAGUUAUCUUCUCUUCUUACCAGGCGGUGAGCCGUCGAGUUACUGACGCGAAAAUAUCAGAUAUAUGCCUAAGUACAUCAGCCGCACCAACUUAUCUCCCGGCUCAUCGGUUCACUAAUGAAGACAAUGAAGGAAACAAACAUGAAUAUAACCUCAUUGACGGUGGCAUCGCUGCCAAUAACCCGACGCUGUGUGCGAUUGCGGAAGUGACAAAGCAGAUAGUGAAGAAGAAUCCAGCAAUGGGAGACAUAAGCCCAUUGGAUUACACGAGGGUUGUGGUGAUAUCGCUUGGGACAGGUUCGAUAAGGAAUGAAGAGAAGUAUGAUGCGAUAAUGGCGUCAAAAUGGGGACUGGUGAGUUGGAUCUGUGCGGAUGGUUCGAGUCCAAUUAUUGAUUGUUACAAUGAGGCCAUUCAAGACAUUGUUGAUUACCAAAGCUGUGUCGUUUUUCAAGCUCUUCAUUCCGAGACGAAUUAUUUACGUAUCGAUGACGAUACGUUGAAGGGUGACAUAGGAUCAGUGGACAUAUCGACAGAAAAGAACAUGGAUGGUCUUGUUGAAGUUGGUAAAGCUUUACUGAAGAAAAAUGUAUCUCGUGUCAAUCUCGAAACUGGCCAUUACGAACCCAUCUCUGAUCACGUUACCAACGAAGAAGCUCUCAAAAGGGUUGCAAAGAUUCUGUCAGAAGAAAGGAAACUCAGAGAAUCAAGAUAUCAUAAACUCAAGACCUGAUUUUAUAAUUGUACCCAAAAAACAAUCUCUAAAACUCAUUGUUUGUAUCUUGUUUGUGUAAUAUUCACUUUACUUUGUGAGCAAAAGAAUAUUUGAAUAUAUGAGUGUGAUUUUCAUACAUACCAUUUGGUUUUGUAUUCCAUCCAAUAAAGAUCAAUCUGAGACAAACUUGGGAAUCAAUUUUUUUUCUCAACA